GUCAAUCAAAAUCAAAUCAUAUCCAAAAAAGAUUACCGCGAAAUAAGGAACAAGCUUACUCACCUUCACUGUCUUGUCUUUUUUUUCAAUUCCAACAACACAUUCUCAACUCUCUCAAACCCACCACACUCUCUGUCUCUGUCCCAUUUCCUCAACUAAACUAAACCAACACACACAUGCCCUUCAUAGUAGAUUCUGACUCCACCUAAUUCAGUACUUCAAUUUUUCUUCCAAACCUCUUUCCUUUAUUGUUUUUUAUUAUCCCCCUUAUUAAAAGGGUUCUAAAGAUCUGAUUUUUAUUCAUGGUGGUAGAUAAUUCACACACCCUUUUAUGUUUUUGUUGAAUUUCUGUGAGAAAGUUUGAAUUUUUAGCAAGUUUUUGUUGUGGGGUUGUUGUAAUUUUGGUGAUAGAGAAUUCAUUCACACACCCUUUUGUGUUUUUGUUGAAGUUGUGUGAGAAAGUUUGAAUUUUUAUCAAGUUUUUGUUGUGGGGUUGUUUGGAUUUUGAGAAUGGAAACAAGGGUGAAGAAAUAUAGGCAACAAUUGAGUCCUGAGAGGUCCAAAGUAUGGAAGGAAAAGCCUCCAAAGUAUUAUAAGAACAGGAAAGUUCCUGUUGUUUACUAUCUUUGUAGGAAUAGACAGCUUGAACAUCCUCAUUUCAUGGAGGUUCCAAUUUCAUCCCCAGAUGGUUUGUUCUUGAGAGAUGUGAUUGAUAAACUUGAUGCUUUGAGAGGUAGAGGCAUGGCUUCCUUGUAUUCAUGGUCUUGUAAAAGGAGCUACAAGAAUGGAUAUGUAUGGCAUGACCUUAGUGAAGAUGAUUUAAUUCAACCUGCACAUGGUAACGAGUAUGUCCUCAAAGGCUCCGAGCUGUUUUGCGAAUCAAAUUCAGACCAUUUUAGCCCUAUUAGCAAUGUGAAACUACAGCGCCUAAAGCGGUUGCCGGAGCCAGUUUCAUGUAGGAGCCACGACGAGGCUUCUUCCUCUUCAAGCAUGAAUGAAAGAGAGGGUAGAAACUCUCACGAAGAUGAGGUCUCUCCAAGUCAACAUACCGGUUCCUCGGAUGUGUCUCCAGAGUCUAGAGAUGGAAAUAGUGAUUCUCAAAGUUUAUCAUUGACAGAAUACAAAAUCUACAAAACCGAUGGAUCGGCAGAUGCUUCGACUCAAACGGAAGAAUAUACUAGCAGAUCUUCAACACAGAAAACUUGUACUAAGGGUGUAUCGACUGAGGAUAGCUCAUUAGGAUCUGAAUGCGAUGAAAUAUGUGAAACUCAAGUGCCACAAGUGAAAGAUAAUUCAGAAAUCUGUCCGGAUGUUGUUUCUCCUCCUCUCUCGAAUUCGAGUCCAUUGUCAUCUCGAGGGAAGACCGAAACUUUGGAAUCCCUUAUUAGAGCUGAUGCAAGCAGAAUGAACAGUUUUAGGAUCGUAGAAGAUGAAGGUAUUCAUAUGCAAACUAGUACAAGACUGAAGGCUUCAAAUUUGCUGUUGCAAUUGAUCUCGUGCGGGUCUAUAUCUGUGAAAAACCAUAGUCUUGACCUAAUUCCUUCCUAUAAGGCUCGAUUUUCUCAUUCGAAAUUCCCCUCCCCGUUGUUCUCAACUUCUGUUAUGUUGGGAGAAUUAGAUUGCAUUGGAGGGAAUAUGAAGGCAACGAGCCUCAGAAUGGAAGACAAAGAGUAUUUUAGUGGAAGCUUAGUCGAAUCAAAAAUGGCGAAGGAAGAAGAUGGACAUAAUGUUCUCAAACGCUCUUCUUCUUUCAACUCUGAGAGGACAAAUAAAGAGUCGAAAUCACAAGACAUAGAGGAGCCAUCCUCAGGAACUUCAAAAUGCAAUUCGCGGUCAAUUAAUGACUCGGGCAUAUUGCCAAUACCGUCCAACGGUAACAGCAAAAGCAUCACUAGACCUACAUCGGAGAAAAAGUAUUCUAUGAGGCUAAACUCAUUUAGAGAAGAGAAGGUGAUCCAAAUUGAAGAAAGGCUUGCUUCAGGAGCUCGUGUUAUAAUCCAAUCUAAACCAUCUUCCAACACAUCAUCACCUUAUAGCUCUUAAAAAAUAAUGUCUUAAGAGGUUUUGCAACUAGCAAAAAUGCGGAUCCGGAUUUCCUGCAGUGGGGAAAGUACAUGUUUUCCGUAGUAAACAAUUUCAGCCGUUAAUCUGAGAUCAGACGGUUUAGACUACACAGUAACAAAAUCAGUUUUUCUAUUGUUAAUUUGAGAUCAGAUGGUUGGGGUAAAAAAAGUGUGGCGUAUUUACUACACCAAAUUCAAAUUCAAAUCCAAAAGAUGGUGUGUGUGUGACCCCAUAAUCUAUAAAGUGAAAAAUGCUGUGACAUAUUACAAACUGCAAACGGUAGGUGUGGUCCUAAUGGUCCACUACACUUUGUGUGUAAAUUUUGUGUGCUUGUUAUAGGAAUAGGAACUAGUAUCUAAAAAUUAUGUGAUUGCACAACUUCUUGUGCAAAUUUUGGGUGCUUUGUUAUAUAUAAAUUGAGUUGAAAUA